AUGGCAUACAUACAGCUUUUGUUGCUGUAUUUUUUUGUAUCAGCAACCAAAGCCUUCUACUUACCAGGUGUGGCGCCUACCACUUACAAAGAAAAUGAUGAGAUUCCAUUGCUUGUUAAUCAUCUAACUCCAUCAAUGUAUUACCAACACGAAGAUGAACAAGGUAACAGUGUUUCCGGUGAUAAAGAGAAUUUCUUGUAUUCAUACGACUACUAUUACGAUAGAUUCCAUUUUUGCCGGCCCAAGCACGUUGAAAAGCAACCUGAAUCUUUGGGUUCUGUUAUAUUUGGUGACAGAAUUUACAAUUCUCCAUUCGAAUUGAAUAUGUUACAAGAAAAGGAGUGUGUUCCCUUGUGUAAUACAACUAUCCCAGGUAAUGAUGCUAAAUUCAUUAAUAAGUUGAUUAAAAAUGGAUUCUUCCAAAACUGGCUCAUUGAUGGACUACCGGCUGCCAGAGAGGUUUAUGAUGGCAGAACCAAGACAAACUUUUAUGGCGCUGGCUUUGAACUUGGUGACGUUGAAGUAUCCCAGGGAACCAGGAGUAAAACAGCUCCUAAACAGGCUGAAACCACUAAUGAAGGUUUAGAACUUGGUACCCGUGCCGAAGAUUACAGCAUUGUGGAAACUUUCGAGCAUCCUUACUUUGCUAACCAUUUCGAUAUUAUGAUUGAAUAUCAUGACCGCGGUGGGGGUGAUUAUCGUGUUGUUGGUGUUAUUGUCAACCCACUGUCUAUAAAACGUUCCAUAACAGGUACGUGUGAAACGGAUGCCUCUCCAUUGAUUCUCGAUGAGGAACGCGACAAUGAAGUUUCUUUCACUUAUUCCGUUAAAUUUAAGGAGUCAGCCACUUCUUGGGCUACUAGGUGGGAUAAGUAUUUACAUGUUUAUGACCCUUCAAUUCAGUGGUUUUCUUUGAUUAACUUUUCCUUGGUUGUUGUCUUAUUAUCAUCUGUCGUUAUUCAUUCGUUGCUGCGCGCUUUGAAAAGUGAUUUCGCUCGUUAUAAUGAAUUGAAUCUGGAGGAUGAUUUUCAAGAAGAUUCAGGCUGGAAAUUGAACCAUGGAGAUGUUUUCCGCCCACCAAGUCACUCACUGUUACUCUCGAUUUUAGUUGGUUCAGGAGUUCAAUUAUUUUUGAUGGUAACUUGCAGUAUUUUUUUCGCAGCAUUAGGCUUCCUAUCGCCUAGUUCUAGAGGUUCGUUAGCCACUGUCAUGUUUAUUCUAUAUGCAUUAUUCGGAUUCGUCGGUUCCUAUACAUCCAUGGGUAUCUACAAGUUUUUCAAUGGGCCAUAUUGGAAGGCAAACUUGCUCUUAACCCCACUUUUAGUUCCCGGUGCUAUUUUACUAAUAAUUGUUGCAUUGAACUUUUUCUUAAUGGUCGUUCAUUCUUCUGGGGUGAUUCCAGCAAGAACUUUGUUUUUUAUGGUGUUUUUAUGGUUUUUGUUCUCUAUUCCGUUAUCAUUUGGUGGUUCAUUGAUCGCCAGGAAAAAGUGUGGUUGGGAUGAGCAUCCAACCAAGACAAAUCAAAUUGCAAGACAAAUCCCCUUCCAACCUUGGUAUUUGAAAACCAUACCAGCCACUUUAAUUGCUGGUAUCUUCCCAUUUGGUUCCAUCGCCGUUGAAUUGUACUUCAUAUACACAAGUUUAUGGUUUAAUAAGAUCUUCUACAUGUUUGGAUUUUUAUUUUUCUCUUUCCUAUUACUAACUUUAACAACCUCUCUCGUCACUAUCUUAAUCACUUAUCAUUCAUUAUGUCUCGAAAACUGGAAAUGGCAAUGGAGAGGAUUUAUUGUCGGAGGUGUAGGUUGCGCUCUGUAUGUAUUCAUUCAUUCCAUUCUAUUUACCAAAUUCAAGCUGGGUGGAUUCGUAACCAUCGUCUUGUAUGUCGGUUACUCCUAUGUUAUUUCACUCCUAUGUUGCUUGGUGACCGGGUCAAUUGGUUUUAUUAGCAGCAUGUUCUUUCUCAGAAGGAUUUACUCAUCCAUCAAAGUAGACUAG